AUGAGGGCACAGGCUGUGGCUGUUGCGCUUCUGGCGGCAACUGACUACGUUUCUGCUGGCAUACAGCAUGAGAGACGGCUGCAGAAGCGCGAUCUAGCAUAUUCGCCUCCAGUCUACCCAUCCCCAUGGAUGGACCCUAAUGCUGACGGCUGGGCUGAUGCAUAUGCCAAAGCCAAAGACUUUGUCUCUCAAUUGACCCUCCUCGAGAAGGUCAAUUUGACCACCGGAGUUGGAUGGCAAUCAGACUUGUGUGUCGGCAACGUCGGCGCAAUCCCCCGGCUUGGUCUGCGCGGUCUUUGCAUGCAGGAUGGCCCGGUAGGCAUCCGCUUUAGCGACUAUAACUCUGUCUUUCCCUCGGGUCAGACCGUUGCAGCAACUUGGGAUAGAUCGCUCGUAUACCGCAGAGCCGAGGCCAUCGGUGCCGAACAGAGAGCCAAGGGUGUCGACGUCGUGUUGGCUCCCGUCGCCGGUCCUAUCGGCCGGGCUCCAGCUGGUGGAAGAAACUGGGAAGGUUUCUCUGUUGACCCUUACCUGACCGGCAUCUUCAUGGCUGAGAGUGUCAAGGGCAUUCAGGAUGCUGGUGCCAUCGCAUGCGCCAAGCAUUUCGUUGGAAACGAACAGGAGCACUUCAGACAAGCACCCGAAGCGAUUGGCUACGGCUACAACAUUACAGAGUCACUAUCGUCCAACAUUGAUGACAAGACCAUGCAUGAACUUUACAUGUGGCCGUUUGCCGACGCCGUCCGCGCCGGUGUUGGUUCAAUCAUGUGCUCUUACACGCAAGUCAACAACUCCUACGGCUGCCAGAACUCGAAGCUCUUGAACGGCCUUCUCAAGGAUGAGUUGGGAUUCCAGGGUUUUAUUAUGUCGGAUUGGCAGGCACAGCAUGCUGGUGCAAGUGCCGCCGUUGCUGGAUUGGACAUGAGCAUGCCGGGUGACACAGUUUUCAACUCUGGCCAGACUUUCUGGGGUACCAACCUAACUAUUGCUGUUCUUAACGGCACCGUUCCCGAGUACAGGAUCGACGACAUGGCCCUGCGUAUCAUGGCUGCCUUUUUUAAGGUCGGUAAUACAGUAGAAGGGCUGCCUGAUAUCAACUUUUCGUCAUGGACUCUGGACACUGUUGGCCCCCUCCAAUACUACGCCAAGGAAAACGUCCAGACCAUUAACCAGCACGUUGACGUCCGCAAGGGCAAGGAGCACUCCAACUUGAUCCGUGAGAUUGGCGCCAAGGCUACAGUGCUGCUCAAGAAUGAGGGUGCUCUUCCCCUGAAGAAGCCCAAGUUCUUGGCCGUGAUUGGAGAGGACGCUGGCCCCAACCCUCGUGGUCCCAACGGCUGCUCUGACCGUGGUUGCAAUGAUGGUACCCUUGCUGCUGCCUGGGGAUCUGGUUCCUCCAACUAUCCUUACCUCAUCACCCCGGAUCAGGCGCUCCAAAAGCGCGCCCUCGAGGACGGCACUCGCUAUGAGAGCAUUCUCAGCAACUACGAAUCAGUCGCCACCACUGCCCUGGUUUCUCAAGCAGACGCCACUACUAUCGUUUUUGUCAAUGCCAACUCCGGUGAAGGCUACAUUAACGUCGGCGGAAAUGAGGGUGACCGCCAGAACCUAACUCUCUGGAAUUCUGGAGAUGAACUAAUCAAGAACGUGUCCUCCGUGUCCAACAACACCAUUGUUGUCAUCCACUCCGUUGGUCCCGUCCUCGUAACUGACUGGUACAACAACCCCAACAUCACAGCCAUCCUCUGGGCUGGCCUCCCUGGACAAGAAUCCGGAAACUCAAUCACUGAUGUUCUUUACGGCGACGUCAACCCCGGAGGCAAGUCUCCCUUCACUUGGGGCCCAACCCGCGAGAGCUACGGGGCCGACGUUCUAUACAAGCCCAACAACGGCGAGGGCGCUCCCCAGGAUGACUUUACCGAGGGCGUCUUUAUCGAUUACCGAUACUUUGAUCGUGCGACGGCCGGAGGCAGCCAAAACGGAACGUACCAGAACUCUAGCAGUGCUGCUCCCAUUUAUCCCUUCGGGUUUGGUCUCUCGUACACGAAGUUUGAGUAUUCCAACUUGGUCGUCACCGACAGAAAUGCUGGAGAAUACGCACCGACAACUGGCCAGACGGCGGCCGCUCCUACCUUUGGCAACCACAGCACAAACUUGGCCGAUUACGUGUUCCCCGAGAAGGAGGCCCGUUACAUUUAUAAGUUCAUCUACCCGUGGUUGAACGUCUCAGACGCUCGUGAGGCGUCGCAGGAUCCUCACUUUGGUCAGACUGCCGAGGAAUUCCUGCCACCCAAGGCUUUGGAGAGCGGUCCCCAACCCAAGCAUGCCGCCUCUGGUAGUUCGGGUGGAAACCGACAACUUUGGGACGUCCUCUACACCGUAACUGCAACUGUAACCAACAAGGGUGACGUUGCCGGCGAUGAAGUUGCGCAAUUAUACGUGUCGCUCGGCGGCCCUGACGACCCGGUCAAGGUGCUGCGUGGGUUUGAGCGCAUUCCUCUUGCUCCUGGAGCAUCAGCGACAUUCACGGCGGAUAUUACCAGACGUGAUCUCAGCAACUGGGACACUGCGAGCCAGAACUGGGUGAUUGGGCAGCAUGCGAAGAAGGUGUGGGUGGGAGGCUCUUCGAGAGACCUGCCUCUCAGUGCGUCGCUAUAA